AUGACAACAAUAUCUCUUUCUAAAAAUAAAUUUGAUAUCGUAAUUAAAGAUCUAGAAGACACUUUGGAACGAUCACAAACACUUGCAUCACAAGUUACUCAGAUGAAUUCAUUGCAAACAAAACAAAUAGAUCGAUUUCAAACGAAUAUGGAUAAAUCGAGUAGACAUCUCGAAGAGAUCGAACAUGAAAUGGAUGAAUUACAAAAAGGAUUUUGCAUUCGUUUAUGUUGUCCAUCGAAAUGUGGAAAAAAUGAACAUUUACAACGAUUACAAUACUUUAAUACAUUGAUUGAUCAUGAACUUCAAGAUCAAUUACAAGCAUUAAAUGAUCUGAACGAGCAAGUCGAUACUAAUGCGUAUAAAUUAACGAAAGUCAAUAAAAAAGGUCGAAGUCUGUUUCCGAACUAG